GAAAGACAAGCACCAUUAAUAUAAUAUCGACUCGCUCGUUCGAGUAUGUGCAAACCAGACGAGACCCACACCAUCAAUCCACUCUCUCUUGGAAAUACUAGUCUUCUUCUUUCUCUUCUAAUCUCAAAGGUCGAAGAAGCAGCCGCUGCACUUGCGCAAGAAAGUCCAAAGCGACGUCCUUCGCUCUGAGCGCAGGGCAGGAGGGGUUAACCAGUUCGGAACCCGUGAAAAUACAGCCAGUUGUGCUGAGUGCAGGAGUCAGCAGCCCGCUCAUAGACGGAGCUCUUUGUCCAAAGGAUAGAUCAGGUCUACGUCGUGCAGCUGCGACAGCCGCAACGUCCAAAAUAAUGACUUACGCAUCUCCCAAUAAUGUUGUCUCUGCUUCGAGUGAUCGAGACAGUAGCAAUGAUGAAUGCUCGAAAACUACUGACCGACCCAGAAGACGCAAACGGAAAGCUCGAAAUCAUUAUGGAGAAUGUGAAUCUACAGAUACUGGACACAGGAGGGUUUACGUCAACCAUAACUAUCAUGAUUACGCCGGUUGCCCCAAUCGAGUCCUCAACGAAGUUUAUACACUUGAAUCUAUCGAGGCUAGAAAAAGCAGGGGCGGCACCAGCACUCCUUUCCCGAAAGUAUUGCAUCGGAUGCUGGAUCAAGCUGAGGUGGAUGGUUUUAGUGAAAUUGUGUCGUGGCAACCUCACGGACGUGCAUUUUUAGUGCACGACCAGGCUCGGUUCGUUGCGGAAGUCAUGCCACGUUUCUUUCGCCAGACGCGGUUCUCAUCCUUCCAGCGCCAAUUGAGUCUCUACGGCUUUUUGCGUUUGACCCGUAAAGGAGCCGACCACAACGCAUACUACCAUGAGCUCUGUCUACGAGGUAUGCCUGAGUUGCUCGCCCAGAUGCAGCGCACCCGUAUCAAGGGAUACUGGGUGCGGCAGUCCUCCUCUCCGGAAAGUGAGCCAGACUUUUACAGCAUGCCGACCGUCGAAGAAUCUAUUGAAAACCGACCUCUUCAAUCCGACAGUACUCAAGCACUUUCAAGUGGCAAUAUUAUUAUUGAUGGUAAUGAUUCCCUUGAGCCCAUUCCGGUAAACCCGGUUUCCAACUUGGGCGUAUCCAGAGCGCCUAGUUUUGGUAAGCUCGAACCAGGCCAAUUCGCUGCUUAUGGCGGUUGUAUGAAACUACCUCCAAUGCCGCCCCUUCGGGAUGGUCCUCUCUGGUCAUCAGCUGCAUACUUGAAAGAAUUCCCUGUGGACGAAGAUAUGUCAAUCAGUAUCGAUGCAUUUAUUGACUCCAUUGCUCCACAUGCGUCGAAUCCGUCCGACACUGCUGUUCUAGAACCGCUACCAGCCUACUCUUCUACCAGUGACAUGAGAGAAGAUCUAGUCAACUUUUUGUCGAAUGUCGACCUUAGCUCAGAAGACGGAGACAACAGCGAAUUUUACCGGAAUGAAGAACAUUUGGAGAGGUUGCACAGCAGCAAGCAAGCACAAAAUGGGAUGGAAAUGUGAUCAAAGUUCCGUUUCUUCGGCGGACUUUCCAUCGAGGGCAAGGCAUGCAUCUGCAGACAAUAUUUACUGUUGGUUAAAAGCUUAGUGAAAAGUUCAUGAUACAA